AUGCCAAAGAGGCCAGAAAAAACCGGGAAGAAAGAACGGGUUGAGGAGGUUGUCGUCGAGGUGCUUGUUGAGAAUGUAUGCGAACGAUCGGCCAGCCUCAAGGAGGAAGAGAGACGGCUUGUGCGCAAGCUUGAUUGGCGGAUCAUGCCCAUGUUAGGGCUCAUGUAUCUCUUCGCCGCUCUUGAUAGGACGAACUUAGGGAACGCACGUCUGCAAGGCCUUCCGCAAGACAUCCUGCAUGGAGAUCCGACAGGCGUCCUAUUUGACUGGGCAAAUUCCGCGUUCUACUUCUCAUAUGUAACUUGCCAGGUGCCAGCCCUCAUCACGUCGAAGUUAUACCCUCCACGCAUUUGGCUGGGAUGCACAGUGAUCGGGUGGGGUUUGGUGUCUACUCUGAUGGCCACAACGUCCAACUUCCCUAGUCUCAUGGUGGCUCGCCUGGCCUUGGGAGCAUUUGAAGCGGGUUUCAGCCCCGGUUUUCCGCUCUACCUGUCACUGUUCUACACCAGAGAGGAGUUUGGCCUCCGUACAGCGGGGUGGUACAUGUUCGCGGCGGUCGCAGGGGCAUUUGGCGGCUUGGUCGCGUUCGGUAUCCAGCAUGUCCACGCCGCGGUAGCCAAUUGGCGGCUAUUGUUCAUAGUCGAAGGGAUCCCGUCGAUAUUGCUCGGCAUACUAGCUCUAGUGAUCUUGCCUGAUAGGCCCGAGGAAACCCCGGUCCUGACGGAGCGAGAACGCGAGAUUGCUGUGGAGCGGAUGAAUCGAGGUGGGAGCGCCGAUGUUGGCAGGAGAAUUCAGAAAAAACACAUACCGAUCGCAUUCCGUGACUGGAAGAUCUACGCGGCAGGAGUGAUGUUUUUCGCGGGGAAUUGCGCUCUAUCCGGGAUUCAGGGAUUCUUGCCCACGAUAAUCGCUAGCUUCGGAUUCACCAACGCUAUCGCACAGAUACUCACGGUCCCCCCAUAUGCCGUCGCCGCCUUGAUUCUCUGCGUUACAACGUACGCCUCGGAUCGCAUGCAACGGCGUGGCGUGUUCCUUUUCGGCGUGAACACACUUGCAGGCGUUGGAUACAUACUACUGCUGACGGUUCCUUUCAAUAUACACGUGCGAUAUCUUGCGACAUUUUGUACCACAGCUGGGACGAUUUCCACCAUAGCGGUCAUCUUAACAUGGUUCUCUCAUAACCUCGGCUCGGAGACGAAGAGAGCAGCGGGCAUGCCUCUAUACAUGUCCAUCGGUCACUGCGGGAGCAUCCUCGGCUCUCACUUGUUCCCAACCACCGAUGCACCGCGAUAUUUGAAGGGGUUUGCCGUUACUUGCGGCUUGAUAUUCCUCUGCGCAACCAUCGCCCUUGCAGUUUCUGGGUAUUACACAUGGGAAAACAGGCGUCGGGACCACAUGUAUGGAAAACCCAACCAUGCGACCCCAGUGGAUGUCUCGGAAUUGGCAGAUGAGGCACCCAACUUCCGUUAUACGCCCUAGCCUAUCGUCAGCCCAAAAUGCAACACACAACCUUUGUUGGAGCCUGCGACGAUGUCUGUAUUCUACGAAGUGCUUUGC